GAGCAAAGGGCCCGCGGCAUCCAGUGCUGUGCAGAGGAGAGAGGGGCUGGCUCGGGUUUCAGAGACGCACGCUGACGGCUGACUUGUGGGGAUCGCUCAGAAGAGAAGCAGCUAAUGGGACAAGCAGAGCGGGACACAGAGAAGUAAGAGAGUGAAGCGGGAACAUCACUGACUGACUCAUGACAAACUGCAGAAUGUCUAGAUUUCUAACUUUGAUAUAGUUGCUCAUCUUGAGGGCAGUAAAGUAGUUUGGAGACAGUCUGAAGAAGAAAAGGGACAUCUGCAAAACUGUCCCCCCUUACAGAGAGAGAGCGACAACCUCUCACAAGCUCCCAAAGUUGCAGGUCGCCAGGAUUUCUCUUCACCUGAUGAAUAUAGGAAUCUCUGAGUGGAUAAAACCAGAAUUAGAUAUCUAAAAUGGAAGAGGAGCAGAAGUGGGGUGUCGCUGGGAGACCGAGUGAGAACGAGCAACAGCACCCUUCAAAAAAGACGCAGUGGAGAAAUUGGAGAGAUUUGUCUGGCGUAACGAUUUGCAUGGCAUUAUCUCUACUGUGCCUUGGAGUUUGCAUUGUGGUUUUUGUCCGGACGUCGGAAUUGCAGUCCAGGAUAGUAAGUCUGGAGCAGCUGCACCGGGACGCACAGAUCUCCGCGCGGAUGUUGACUCUGGAGCAGGUGGAGCCCGUUAUCUUGGGCCGACUGGACCAGAUCCUGGAAGAGAAGCUUGCAGCGCGACUACCGAAGACGCGGGAGGCGAGGGAAGUUCCCCACACCUGCCUGUGUCCCCCAGGACCUCCAGUAAGUAGACAAGACAUCUUAUGUGACCUGCAUGGGGGAGCACCAGGUGAACCAGGCCUGUCUAUCAUUGGACCAAGAGGACCUCCUGGACAACCUGGAACAAGAGGGUUUCCAGGCUUUCCAGGUCCAAUUGGGUUGGAUGGCAAGUCUGGACAGAACGGAGCUAAGGGAGACAUGGGUCAGCGUGGUCCUAAAGGACACCCAGGGGAACCAGGACCCAAAGGGGAGAAGGGUGUCUGCGGAGACUACACACAUCGGGGCCUCUUUGUGCAGGAUGUCCCUCUGAAAACCCUGGCUGCCUUACGCUCCAGUCAGGCUGUGAUGUUGAAGGGCGAGCCUGGAGCGCAGGGACCGCCAGGACCUCCAGGACCCCCCGGAACCCCAGGCCUGAGUGGAGCCAGCGGCCCACCGGGUAAGCCAGGAGAACCAGGCAAACCAGGAAAAGACCCAAGGCUUUUACCAGGACUGAAGGGUGAACCAGGUGGUCCAGGACAAAAGGGUGAUCGAGGUGAUGUCGGCCCAGCAGGUCCUGAAGGCCCUAAGGGAUUCAAGGGAGAUCUAGGAAUCAAGGGAGAGAAGGGAGAGCCCAGCAUCACCGCCCAGGGAAUUAAAGGAGAACCGGGAUCACCAGGACUUCCGGGCCCAUUGGGAUCCAAGGGUGAUAAAGGUGACCAGGGAUACAAGGGGGAAUCAGGCCCUGAAGGCCCAGCUGGACCAAGAGGUCCUGCAGGCCCAACUGGGGAGCCAGGAAAGGCUGAAAUCCUCAAUAAUGAAAAUGAUAUUCGCAACAUACCACUGAUGGGCCCGCCUGGAUUACCUGGACCUUCAGGUGCCCCUGGGCUCACCGGUAGCAAGGGUGAGGUUGGCCUACCAGGUGCUCCAGGACUGGAUGGAGAGAAGGGCCCCAGAGGGAAGCCUGGAGAGCCUGGUCCCGUAGGCCCAGCCGGUCGUGAAGGUCCCAGAGGGGAGGGUGGUGUCGUGGGCUUCCCAGGACCCAAGGGAGACAAGGGAGACAUGGGCCCAUCUGGAUCACCUGGUUUAGAUGGCCCUACGGGUGAAAAGGGGGCUACAGGAGCCUCUGGCUCUAUUGGAUUACCAGGCACAAUGGGUCCUAAAGGUGAGGCUGGAGACAGAGGGAGGUCAGAAAUGAUCUAUGGUCCUUCCGGGCCCCCAGGACCUCCAGGACCAGUCGGCCCAGCGGGAUCGCAAGGACUUUCAGGGCCUAAGGGGGAGCCAGGCAUAGGCAUCAGGGGCGAGAAGGGAGCGACAGGUCAGAAGGGUGACAAAGGAGACAGAGGCCAUCUUGGACUCCCUGGGGCUCAUGGGUUAGACGGCAGACCGGGUCCAGUGGGUCUAAUAGGACCAGCAGGUGUUCCAGGGCCAGCAGGACCAAAGGGAGAAAGAGGUGAAAAAGGAGAUGGAGGAUUACCAGGACCAAUCGGGCCUCAGGGCAUCCCUGGUUUAGUAGGACCACAAGGACUCAAAGGGAAUCGGGGAGAGAGGGGCAAGAAAGGCAACAGGGGGGCCAAAGGGGAUAAGGGAGACCAAGGAGCACCUGGAUUAGAUGCCCCCUGUCCGUUGGGAGACGAUGGCUUACCUGUACCAGGAUGUUGGAAUAAAUGACGAUAACUUUGGAAUGGCUUGUGUGAUUGUACAUAGGAUAUUUAUUUUUUUACUUUUUCUGUAUUCUGUUAUACAUAGAAAAAAAUUAAAAAUCCUAAAAAUAUUUGGCAAAUGUUUGUACAGAUUGUUUAUUUUAAUACGUAUGAUAAUGUUUAUGUAUUGGAUUUUUAUAUAUAUGCAUUAUUUUAAUAUGAUUGGAUAAGGAAAAAAUAUAAUGUGGCUACAUAUGCAUGAUAUUUGUGCAUAAUGUGAAGUGGAUCAUGCUUAUUAACUUAUUGUACUGUGUUGUUUUGUUCUGUUGUAAUAGACCAUGCUGCACUGAGUUGUGGGGCUGGAAAGAUUAUGUGUUAGCAUUUGGAAAGUCUUAGUUGAACUCUCCUCUUUGUGAUAAAGUGUUAAAAACAAACAUGGACAAGCACUGCAUAUAUAUUAGUUAAUAUUUUAGUAAAUGUUCACACAGUGACAGAAAGCUGUUUAACGUCUGCACUUUGAAUUUUUGGUCAUGUGCUCAUAUUGUACUGAUGAACAUGCAAACCUCUAAGAUCAUAUUUAGGGCUGUCACUGUGUUAGAUAAGAUAAUUUCUGUCUCCUUAGCAGCAGCAUAGGAUGGAAAUGUUGGUUGAUAGUUGCCAGAUUUAGAUGAAGUUUGAUAUGGAUCCCUUACAAACAGAGUUUAUCAAAUGCCCAUAACAUAAUAAGUGCAGAUUAUUUAUUUGAUACUGAUAAUGUAAUAUCCUGCCUAUAUUGUAACACUAUAUUGAUAACAUUUAUGUUUAUAUUGUAAUAAUAUAUUACAUUUUGUGGUGGAUAUCCAAGGAUAUCCCACAAACAUGGGUUUAAAAUUGUUGUGGCAGAAGCCUGGGUUCAGUUUCUGGCAGAUGGUGGGAAGCCAGUGAGGGAUGUCAGAAUUUUGGCACUAGGAUUUCAAAGUAGUUAGGGUCCUUAUGAAAUGGCACAUCAAGGGUCCAGAAGCAUUAAAGGCUUAAAUGAUGAUACCCAUACUGCUCAAAACAUUGUGCAAAAAGUUAUACCCAUACAUUUUCAAUACAUUAUGGACAGUUUAUUAAAUGAUCAGUUUUUGGUUUUUAUUUUAUUUUAUUUUAUUUUAUUUUAUUCUUAAUUUAAUUCAAUUAUAAUUUGCUACAGACCCCACAAUGGCUAUUUUGGCAACUUCUUUAUUCCCUCAACAACACGUUCCUUGACACCUUGUUUGGAAAAAAAGGCCAAAUUGCAAAACAUUGAAUUGAAUUAAUUGAAUAAUAAUAAUUUCCUUUGCUGCCAAAAUCAGCUAAGUUGUCAACCUCAGGACAAACUUAAACUGUAAAUGCUUCAUGUUAAUUUUUCCACCUGACGUCUUAAUUUGGAUGUAAUUGCCAUUGCAGCCACUGGGGUCUGCUAGUGGGUCUUUUAGUCUUGUAAUAUUACAGAAAUGAUACAAAUUUGAGUGGUAGGUUUUUUUUAAAGGGGGUGCAGAUGAUAGCAAUGUUUUUGAACAGACAUUAUAAUCAAACCACUCAGUGGUGUGAUAAUCGGUUAUAAAGGGGACAGCCUUAAAUUCAGUCUUUUUAGUUUGGGUUUUCAUAGUUUAUGAGGAAUCAGUUGUUCCAGACAAUCACAGUUUGCUGUUAACAUCUUCAAACCAAACACAUGUCAUGGAGGAGGGUCUCAACCAAGAUCUCCUAACCAUUUGAAGCUUUAAAGUUCAGGCAUGAAAGAUCCUGGAAACUAAAUAUUAUGUUGUACAGCAGGAAAGUACCAUUUCUAUGUUUUAACUUCUUGUAUAUUCUUUCUGGUUUCAGUUCUUUGUAAAUAGUUUUGCUAAAUUUUACAGGAAGCUACUUCCUGCUUUAUGACUGUCAGGCUCUGUGUAUUAACUGUAGUGUUUGUAGAAUAGUUGUCUUCUAAUCUGAGGCAAAGUAUACAACUCAUAGUGUUGGAUGGAAAUAUUGCUGCUCACCCUUAAGGCAUGCUGCUGCAACCGUCACAUUGCCUCAUUGAUUUAUGAAGAGAAAAGUAACCUGCUUAGACAAUGGAGAUCUUAUUUUUUAUCAAGAACUACAGAACAUUUUACCCACAAGCAUCUUUUGUUAAGGAAUGGCCAUGCUCAUUAAGCUAACCUCAUUAACUCUACCAAGUGACCCAGCGUUGAAGAAAUGUAUGGACUGACUGGUGUAGAGCUUGAUCCAUUAAAUGCUGCUGCUCUUUGACAAAGCUUUACGUUUUGCUCUGCCUGGAUUUGACGUUGCCAUGAGAGAUUGUUUUUGGAACCUUGCCAGCAAUAAAAUAUUCAUCAUAUCCCGUUGCUGCACAGUACCUCAUUAACUCAUGCCAUAAUCUAUUGCUGGCCUUGAUUUAGCUGUCAUAUCAAUCAUACGUAUGUCCAGAUAUGUUCUAAUGUUCAAAAUGUUGAUUGUGUUCAAAAUGACAAUCAUAAAUAAACAGACAUUUCUGAGCA